AUGAAUCAAAAUACAAAUUUAGGCUCUGUUCAGAAGCUAAUGGAAGAGAAACUGGUUUUUGAGACCCAGCAAAGACAACCUUAUCAAUUGGCUGGACAUUGCCAAUCAUGUGGCCAUCUUUGUAAUUCAAAUCUGUCAUCUCAAAGUUUCUACCCAUAUUCAUCACAUUAUCCAUAUAUGCAUAUGAAUUACAGCAGUGAUUGGGAAAUUUUUGAAGCAGUAAGAAUUCAGGAACUAGAAGAAGUCAAAGCCAGAGCUGCCCAAAUGGAGAAGACCAUGCACUGGUGGUCAGAUUGUACCGCUAACUGGAGGGAGAAAUGGAGCAAAGUCAGAGCAGAAAGAAAUAAAGCCCAAGAGGAAGCAAGACAAUUGAGAAUCAAAUUAGACAAUGCUGUAAAAGAACUAAGUAUGCUGAAAAAAAAAAAUCUACAUUUAGUAAGUGAGAAGGAAAACUUAGAAAAUGUAUCCGCUUGGAAAACAGAAUUCAGUUGCUCAGAAAUAUCUUAUAUUAAAAAAUACUUAAAUCAGCUAACAUUUCUGGAACAAGAACCAGUGAAAGAACUGAACAAAACUGACAAGACUUCUGAGGCAGAAGACACAAAGAAGGAUGUGGAGAUAAUCAAAGACCAAAGCUACCACAACAAAAAAAUCACUCCAAAGCCUCCGGAUUCCUUUCCCAACAUCUUUUUGGAGGAACCUAAAUACCGUUUGGACAAUACGGAUAAGACAACAGAGAAUUAUUUAAUACAUGUUUCUGUCUUGCAUAUGCAUUUGGCAGACAUGCAGAAAAUCUUACAGAAGGAAACAGAAAUGAACAUGUUUCUCAAAAAAGAAAUGGAAAAGAUAGAAAAUGAAUUAUUUCUUUGGAAAUGGAAAUAUGAACAACUGAGACAAACCAAGCUGGAAAGCUCAAAACAG